UGCAAUUGCCCUGCUGCCCACUCGAGCUUCUCAUGGUUGUCCUGUGAAUCCAGCGUGGUACCGUAGGGUAAUUAGUGCUUGUAUUGGAGCUUAAUGAAUGCCAGGCCGCUCUAUCGCAUAUUCUUCCCCAGGCUUAACUCUCAACUGGUUAUGCUGUCCAGGUGUUUUGCAACCACGGAUUAGCAAAUUGGCAAAUGCUCCCGGAGAUAGCCUUAUCCCCAGUUUUUCCGGGCUUGUGGAGUUUACCUUUCAGAGUGAACCCCUGUCAAUUGCAAAAUAA